AUGCAGAAGCAGGAUCCUUUAGCUACUCAGAUAUGGAAACUGUACAGUCGCACCAAAUCCCAGCUUCCAAACCAGGAGCGUAUGGAGAAUCUUACCUGGCGAAUGAUGGCCGUCAGCCUGCGGAGGGAACGGGAGCAGGCACAAUUCCGUCAACGCGAAGAUCAAACGGCUUUCUCAUCCUUCGGCCAAUCAUCACACGACCACUCAACACCCGAAUUAGCCCUGCCUGAAGCCUCCGAUCCUAUGAACCUCGAUGACUUACGCUUCGCUUCGUCUAUCGGCUCGCCCGCUGCUGGCUCUGUUUCGCCUGCCGCCAGUGCCAGCCAGAACCAUGCUAUGACUUUCGCCAUUCCCAUCAAGUCAAGAGGUCAAGAUGAAUCGCCCGCCGCGAUCAUCAUGCCCGCCUCCUUCCCCCAUCCGCCCCAGGAUGACCGUCGUAAUACCGAAUUUGGCUACAUCCCUCGACGCGUUCGCAAAACAAGUGUCGAUGAACGAAAUACUUUAAAGCGGCCGGCCGAAACUUCUCCAUUAGUCCCCCCAAUUAACAGUAUGCUCAUCCCUCACGAUCCUGAUUUUGAUUCCGCUAUGGACGACUAUUCGCUUGAGAAUGCCCAUAAUGCUUUUUCAAUCAACAACCAAGCCUCCGUGUCGGCGCCGCUAGACUUGGACGCUUUCAAUGUUGGCGACGAUCAAAUCAUCACAUCGGCAGGACCAUUCAACCAGAAUUUUACCUUCUCGCCGACGGAUUCUCCGCUUUUGAAUAAUCCUGGCUUCCAGAACAUGUACACCCGUACCCCAAUGGGUUCAUCCCUCAAUUCAACCGAUUUUUAUUCUCCACCUGCCUCAGGCUAUCAAUCCACCGUUUCAACACCGCACCUUGGAUUCGAAAAUGAGCGCGCUAUGUAUUUUGACAAUGUGCCUGUUGACGUCAGGACUCAACACCAAGUAGGAGGGUUUCCUACAAGCCGACCACCUAACCUCCCCAUUUCGGGUCAUCGAUACCCGUACCCCCAAGAACAGCCCCUCAGGCCAGGGACCAGUGCAGGUCCGUUCAGUGCCAUGCAGUCCAGUGGAAUGCUGGCGCAACAUCUAGAUCCAGCCCAACCCUUUUCCCCGCACAAUUUCUCCGCACCACCAUCGCAACGUUCCAUUAAUCGCGCAUCUCGAGGAAAUAUGUUUUCAUUUGGAGGAGACUCGGAUAACGAAGAUGACAGCGGAACAUCUUUUCCGGGAACAACUGUCUCAUUGCAGAUGGAUCAGCAUGGUGUCGGAGAUCCAGCGGAACUGGGGCAAAACAUACAAUGGCAUAAUCAACUUGAUACAGCGGCUCCUUUCCUCCCGCAGCAUCGCAAGCAGGUUACGAUAGGUGGUACGGAAUUUAGCGAUCCUAGUCGAGAUUGGGAUUACAGUGGUGGCCUAGGCCGUGGGCAUGGCUCUGCUGCGUCCGUGAGCGAGUUUAGAAAUCGGGAACAAGAUCCAAGAAGACAGAAGAUUCCUCGCACGAUUUCAACCCCAAAUACCGCCCAAUUGCUGCAGGAUUCCACUAGCCAACCGCUUAUAACUCCAAGUUCUCCGCGUAGCUCAACAAUUAGCAGUGCCAAUGCCUCUCGUCCUGCAAGUCCCGGCCCUGCAAAGACCGCAGAACAGACCGGCGCUCCCAUAACGUGCGCUAAUUGUUUCACGCAGACCACCCCUCUAUGGAGGCGAAAUCCAGAGGGUCAGCCCCUGUGUAAUGCCUGUGGGUUGUUCUUAAAGCUCCAUGGGGUUGUUCGGCCGUUGUCCCUGAAAACCGAUGUUAUAAAGAAGCGAAACAGAGGGGGUGGAAACAAUACAACCGGUGGUGGUAGCUCAAGGGCGUCGAAAAAGAUCUCUAGAAAAAAUUCCGUGCAACAACAAGCGGCUCCUACUGCCACCCUAGCUGCUGCCAUCGCUGAGUCUUCUGCUCCCACUCGAGGCGUGAGCAACGCGCCGCAAUUCAUCGCGGUGAGCAAACCCGCUGUGGUGCCUAUUGCUGCCGCUCCUCCCAAGCCAUCUAGCGUCCCUACUACUAUUCCAAGCAGCGCUGCCCAAGCACGGGCAACAGCGCAAAGCUCAUCAAGGCGCAUGAGGCGGCCCGAGAAACCAUCGGGAGCAUUUGUAAUGCCACAAAAUCCGUCAUUUGAGGCAGAGAUGCGAGAUGUGAGGGAGGAUAAUAGUAAGACUCCUACUCUGUCAGAUCGUUUCUCCGGAAUACCUACCAUGGUUUCCCGUCCCCCGCCUGCCGCCAUGAAUCCUGCCCAUCAUAGUCUUGCCGCGGGUGCCACUACAAGUAAUAGUCAGGAGUGGGAAUGGCUCACAAUGAGCUUGUAA